AUGUCUAGUGGUGACACAAACAUGAUGCAAGAUUCAGAUUCAAAUUCGCAUCAACAACCCCAUAUUUUGCCUGGAAACAUAAGACAAAUAUUCCAACAUGCCAUCAAUGAUGUUUUUGCAGUAAGAGCAGCCAUUCGAAGCACAAACCAAGAUGGUAAUAACAAUACUACUGCGAGGCGGUUGCCAGCAUCGAGGGACGCAAUUGAUGCCAUGCCAAGAAUAACAGUACAAGAAGGUGGGAAUGAUUGUGCAAUUUGUUUAAAUGAGAUUGGAAUCGGUUCUGAACUUAGAGAGAUGCCUUGUAAACAUGGGUUUCAUCCGGGUUGUAUUGAACAGUGGUUGAGGAUUCAUGGGUCUUGCCCUGUUUGUCGGUUUACGAUGAUGCCUGUGGAAGGAGCAGAGGUCGGGGCUAGUGGAUCUGAAUCUUAG